GGCUCCCGGGCCGUUUGUUCCCUUUGGGCGGGUUGGGCCCGGCGGAAGGAGGCGCGCGCGGCCUCCCGCCUCUGCGCCGCCAUGCCCAAUAAGGUGCCACGUUAGAAAAAGCUCCUGCCGCUUGGCUCCGCCUCCCCCUCCUAUCUUCCCUCGCCCCCACUUUUCCUUUGGCUGUGUCAAGCGGCGGCCACCAACGUGGAGAGCGGAAGCCGCCGCCGCCGCCGCGUGAGCUGAGGAGGGAGAGAGGCGUCCGGCGCGCGGGCAGCCGGCGGUUUAAGGACUGUACCAUUCGCCUCCCGCGGAAGGGGCGAGCGACUGCCACCCCCGUUGAGGCGCACGUGAGGGCUGCUGUUGGUGGGCACCUGUGAGGGGGUCGCUCGCCCGCUCGCCUUCCCUCGCUCACUCCCCCGCCCCCGGCGCAGCGCGUCGGCUUGGUAGGCGCCCAACCGCCGUCAGGCGCGAGGAAGACACGUCCCGUCAGCCACAACCGGUUUGAACCGGAGCGCGAGGAGGAGCCGCCGCUUCUGCCGCCGCCAUGGCCGAGACUGAGGAAAGGAGCUUGGACGACUUUUUCGCCAAGCGGGACAAGAAGAAGCGGAAAGAGAAGAGCAGCCGGGGGGCCGCCUCGGCAACGGCCGCCUCCUCGGCUGCCUCGCACAACGCCCCUGCCAACGCUUCUGGCGGGGGUGGGGGCGGGGGGAGCCGGCAAGGCGAGGGCGGCUCCGGGACGGCCUCCAAUGCCAACGCCGCCGCGACGAAGGGGGGGAUUAAGGUGAGCAGGCGGGUGCGGGUCUGAGCCGGGUGGGUUCCAGCAUGACCAGUCAUGGGGCGGCGUGGGGGGGGGAUGGCGGUGAGAGAGAAGUAGGGAAUUAUCUGCUUCCUGUGGGCGUUGGUGACUUCCUGUCAGCAGAGGGCGCCUCUGCGGGGUCAGCCCGGCCGCCGUGGCCUUGGCGUGGGGCGCGUGGAAGUCGCACCCAUCGGUCACUCCUUAACCCUCCCGGCGGAUGGGGUGGGGGGUGGGAACGAGGUCAGAGUUUAGGACUCUCGUAUUUAGCGAUGAGUAGAUGCCCGAUGUGGAACCAAAAUCACUGGGCUUGAAAUAGUCGUCUUGCGCCCCCACCCACGCAACCCCCGGCAUGUUCUAGCUCUUUUGUAACGGCGCCGGAGUUUGCAUAAACUGCUUUGUUCCCAGCAGCCUCUGUUCAUUUGAGGCAUGUCCGUAGUAACUGAGGCCGUGGCUCUCUCCCUUGAGCUGUGCCUUCAUGCUGGCAGGCAGGGAUUUUUUCCUGUGUAUUCGUCCAGUCGUGCCACUGAGUGCUUACCUUCAGCCGUAGAAAUAAGAUGGUAGUGCAACUUCUUCCGGGGCUUUUCAUUGCCUUCCAAAAAUGGUUCCCGAAGUACUUCAUUCGGUUGCAUUGGAGCUGUGUAACAUGGAUUAAACAGCUCUCACUGGCACAUGAGGUUUUUGCACACAAUGCUGCUUCCUUGUUUUAUCUGGUCAGUAGCUUUCAAUAUUUGAGACACUGCAGUUUUCAUAAAGCUCCUCAAGGACAAGGCAGAGGUGUUUUUUUUUAAUAUAUCUCUAAUAUUCUACGUUUGGCCGUUGUCACAUUGAGGCUCAUCUUCUUGUGGUUGGGUGGCCACUGUGAGAAUAGGAUGCUGGACUAGACAGCCCAUUGGCCUGACUCAGCAGGCUGUUCUUAACCUAAUGCAGUGAUUCUAGAUCAAAUGUUUGGACAACAUUGCAAUGAUUUUUUAAGAUGAGGGAAUAAGUUUGGUGAGAAAUCCACAUUAGGAAGCCAUAGGUGGGGCUGCAACAAAAUGCUGUGGUAUGGAAUUUUUUUUUUCCCUUUUCAAUCCCUUCUCCCCCAACACUGAGCAGUUGUCUUCUGUCCCUGGGGACACUGAAAAAUAGAUUUUCCGUGUGAACCAGGAGGCCUGUCCAAGCAAUCAGAUGCUUCUUUCUGUCCUUUAAUGUGUGUGUGUGUGUGUGUGUGUGUGUGUGUGUUGUCUCCUGUUCAAGCCACUCUAUUCUAUUCCACCUCUUUAGAAGAGCCUGCUAAAUCAGGACAAAGACCCAUCUAGUCCAGCAUACUGUUCUCAAACUGGCCAACCGGGUUCCUAUAGGAAACCAGCAAGCAGGAUGCAAGCACAAGAGCACUUUCUCGCCUCCUGUGGCUUCCAGCAACUAGUGUUCAGAAGCAUUCUUGCCUCCAACAAAGGAGGCAGAGCAAUCACAGCUAGUAGCCAUUGCUAGCCUUAUUCUCUUUUAAUUGGUCCAAUCCUUAUUUAAGCUAUCUAAGUUGGUGGCCAUCACUGCCUCCUGUGGGAACAAGUUAGUUUAUACUAUACAUUGCAUGAAGGAAUACUUUAUCUGUCCCUAAUUCAGCUUCAUUGGAUGUCCACGAGUUUUCAGAGAGGGAAAAAUUGUCCAUGCCAUGCACAGUUUUUCAGAUUUACACCAUGUCACCUCAUGUGCCUUUUCUCUAGGCUAAACCCCCACCCCCAAAAAGUUGCAAUAUUUUCUAAUGGGGAGCUGCUGUUAGGUUCUUUCCCUUCUCUCACAAUGUUCUGUGCAACUCAGGGUGCUUCUUUGGGGUCCACCUGUUUUUCCCUAUAGAUUUUUUGGUACAUACCCAUACAUCAAAGUUACUCUGAUCUGCCAAUGUGCUCUGAUGGUGCUGCUUUGGCUACAUAAGCAUGAGCACUAUAAGAAUAAUUGGUAUGAGUAUACAGUGGUGCCUCGGGUUACAUACGCUUCAGGUUACAGACUCCGCUAACCCAGAAAUAUUACCUCGGGUUAAGAAGUUUGCUUCAGGAUGAGAACAGAAAUCGUGCUCCGGCGGCGCAGCGGCCGCAGGAGGCCCCAUUAGCUAAAGUGGUGCUUCAGGUUAAGAACAGUUUCAGGUUAAGAACGGAAAUCCAGAACGAAUUAAUUACUUAACCCGAGGUACCAUUGUAUAGGUAAUAAAAGGUGGACCCAUCUACUGAAAGAGUGUUGCUUUGAUGGACUACAAGUUACCAGUCUAGAAUGCUGUCCAUCUGUGUCUCAUUUUUUUGGAAGAUAAGAGUGUAGAUUUCCUGUUAGCAAAUACUUUUCAGAUCAGUAUUUUUUUCUUGGGUAAGAUCUGUUGGCCGUAGAUAAUAACUUUCCAGCUGAAAUUUAAUCCUCUGCUUAAUAGAUGGCAGAAAUUUAAAGGAAGACAGUGGCAUGGAUCCAAAGUGGAAAGCCCUUCCACUUGCAUGAGAGGGUGUUGUUGCCAAUUUUCUCUCCACUAUCUCUAGUCCUCAAAAAGCUAACUCCAGAGAGCCAAGAAGAGCCUAUUUUCCCACCACCUCUUGCUCAAGCUGAACUGUGGGGUCUUUGGAUCCAAACUAUUUCCUGUAGACUCAAGGAUUCCACUGCAUCAUGGGGAAACUUCACUAGUGUAUGAACCCACACUUGCACACAUCGUACACUGUAAUCAUGCCUGCCAUGAAGAGGCUUGAAUAUAUUAGGAAAUAAGUGCAAAGUGUUAUUAAAGUCUAUUCCAAUAGGGCCAGGUUGGAUAAUAAAAACAAAAUGCUUAGGCAGAAACACAAGUUAUAUGCACUCUUCUUUACUAGCUUAAGCUAAUAUGUUAGAAUUGAGGUAAUCAUGUAUAUUAAUUAGAAAUAAGAAAUGUAUGUGAAAUUCUCUGGAAACUUGAAAUGUAUUAUGUGCUCCUAAAGUAGGCAGUGUUUACUUCAUUGCAAAGAAAUAGAAAUAUUUGCAUUCUGUGAGGGGUUUUUUACUAUUGUACAAUUUAAUAUCUUUUUAUUUUUUAUAUUACACAAUAAUUUUAGAGCUUAUUGUGCUGGUUGCCUUCUGUUAAGAGCAGAUAAUGAGUCUACAUAAUGUUUGUCUCUCUUACAGGAGGAGGAUGAGUGGAAGGAAUUUGAGCAAGAAGAAGUAAUUGACUACAGUGGUCUCAGAGUUCAUUCCAUGCAAAUUAGGUAUUACUGUCUUAAAAAGACACACUUGGUAAAAUAUAAUUGUACUCAUCAACUUUCUGGAUGUGCCUCACUGAUAGAGAUAUUACUUGCAGCCUCAUGAGUUAUUUCAGCCUAACAUACAACAGCUUAAUAGCUGAAGAAAAGGCACUAACAAAGUCAUAUCCCUAGACUUGCCACAGAAUGGCUUGAAGCGAUCAGCACAAUCUAUCUGUGCAUUUUAGCCACUUUUAUAAAAUGUUUCCUUGAAGUUCUGCUGCUUUGUAUGGCUUAGAAAGCACUUGAAUACUUUAAACAUGUUUAUGGGUGUUCUGUCACUUCUCAGUAAUUGUCAAACCUAAAGAACUAAACUGUGGUUGUCUACUGUACUUCCUUUUGCUGGGUAAUAUGCUGUUUAAGCAUGUCUCUUAAAACAGAUAUGGGCAGAAUUAUAUUGGAAUUAUUUGCCUUUGCUAUCCCUUGAGUUGUGUAAUUCUAAAUCUUUGUCCCUCCUUUCCUAACUACAGGCCCAUUUUGUAUAUUCACACAGGGUGGAGAACUGUACUUAAUGUAAUAAUAUGCAAAAUGUGCAUGGUGUCAUACAUUCUUGAUUUACGAAAAUGAUGAACAUGUAUUUCACCUUCGUUUUUAUUUCAGUGAAAAAGAUGAUGAAGAUGGUGAAAAGAGGGAAGAGCCAAGGGAUAACAGUGAAGAACCAGGUGGGGGUAUGGAUAAGUUGUCAGGUCCUUGGAAUAGAUCUGCUCCUACACAGACACCUGUUGCUGAAAUUAUUGGUGAGUUGUUGGUUUUUUCGCUGUUUAUUUUAAAGGUAUAUUGAUUGAAAUGGCUUGUAUUGGCCUUUCUGUUAUUUGAUCUUCCCAUUGCUUCUCAAAAUUUAAUUGCAGGAUACAAACAUCUCAGUGUUAUGUAGCAUGAUUCAUACAAAUUAAUAAGGUUGGUCUUCUAUGGAAAAAGUGAAACAAGUUGACAGAACUAAGGAGAGGGAAAGUAAUCUGGUUUGUUAAAAUUAAAGCAUUGUUUACCAAUGCAAGGGUAAGUAGUUAGUGUGUGUGAUGCGGUAUAGCCAUUGCUCAAUAGGUGUAGGGUGUUGUUCCUGCUGUACAGUAUUAAUGCCAAGAGCUAAAAAAGAAAUUCAAGCUCCCUAGGUGCCAGAAUUCCUAACAGUUACUAUUUGUUAAACAUUUUCUUCAUUUGAGAGGAAAAUCAUAGUAUUACAGGGAGAUAAUGAAAGCAGUACAUAAGAUUACUGUUGCUUACCUUGGUAGUAUACGUAGUUGUAUUUGCCUCUGCUUAAAAAGGAUGUGCAAAUAUGUUUUUCUCAUGCAUAGACAAGAUGCCCUUAUGUCCAGUGUUAGAAACUGGGAUAGGAAAGCUAGGUGCCCUGUAGGUCUUGGGACCUGGGGUUUGGGCAUUUUCUUUUUUGCUGCCACGCUACCCUGCAGACCAGGUGAUUUGCUUGACAGUGUGGCAUCUCCAGUCAAAAAAGGCCGGUUGCCAGUCACAACUGGCGCUGAGCUGUUUUCGAAUGCUGAUGUAUACUAAUAAAUAUUUUCUUGAUGUGGCUAAUUAAAAGAAAGACUAGGAAGUGUCUUGGAAGUGUCUUGCCACACACAGCGCCACACGACAUUUAGGUGGAUUCGCAUACUUCCCCCUUGCCUUCCUUUUUUCACUCAAAAAAGAGGAAAUUUGAAGUUUCCAUUUGUAGUUUGGAAUAAACCACAUUUCUCACUGUGUCUGAUAUCCCAGUUUGUGAACUAAUUUCUGUAAGGUAACAGUUUCCAUAUUUGGCAAAAGCAGGGAGACAAUAGUUUGUUCUGAACUGGAAAUAGAAGUUUCAGGUUCUGCCCAUCUCUUGAAGUAGAGACAACAUUGAUGUAACAACAAACCAUGAUUUAUCAUUAUUCCUGAAAAAAGCAGUUGGGAUUCUUUGUUUUUAAGAUUAGUUUUGAUAAUAGGUUGCCUGCUAGCAGCACUCCGCUACACCAGAUGAUUUUUUAAAUCCACACUGAAUAUAUUAAACUGGAAUAUUGUAACAGGUUCAUAUAAUAAUCGAAGUAUGCCAAAAUGGUUAAAAAACAGCAGAGUCCUUCAUAUUAAUCUAAUUACACAUGACUAUUUCUAAUGCUCUUUCUGUCUUAUUUGCAGAAGCCCCAGAGCCUGUCCAGUCCAGUGGAGUAUAUAGGCCACCCGGAGCAAGAGAAACUAGAACAAGGAAAGUGCCACAAGGACCCCCAGAGAUUUAUAGUGAUACACAAUUCCCAUCGUUGCAGGCCACUGCCAAGCAUGUAGAUACUAGAAAGUAAGUAUAGUAAUAGGACUCUGCACAUCUGCUUUAAAAUCUCUUUCCCCCUAAUCAUUGGUUCAAAGCUUCAUAAACCUGUCCACUGAGACCAUAAGCAAGUUUGUGGUGGUAUUUGCACCAGAAGAAGCAAGUGGAUUUUAAUUGCAGAUAUGUUAUUCUAGGAGCACUGCCUGCAUAAGUUUGGUCAAGAGGCUUUUAAUUUGUUUUACAGGAAAGUGUUCUGAGGGGUUGGGUGGUAGAAUGUUGAAAGGCAUGAUGUGUGCCAAUUCCACAUAACAAAUCACAGUCCUGUGUGGAUCUUAAAUUCAGUGUGCCAUUUGCAGGACUUCAGUGCUUUUCUUAUCUCAGCAGAAGAAAUAAUUUUAUGCCUCAGAGUUGACUUGCUCGGCUAAACUACAGCUUAAGCCCUGUUGCAAUUUUGUCUGCCUGUGGAACAAAGUAUGUUAACAAAGAUGGCAUUUGCAGGACAUUCAUCACAAUCUCUCACUAACCCUGAGAUUGUGAUUGUGACUGUGAUCCUGAGAGCUACUUUAAGGGCUCCCAAGGCCUUGGGCGUGCUUGGUGGAAUGCUUUUCUUUGACUGUCAGACACACACAUACACCCAAUGCCAUAUUACAAACUGUUUUUGAAACCUGAGCACCCCAUUUCGAAAGAGGCUUUCCUUAAACCUCUCUUGGGCAUGCAGAACUAGUUCUACGGUUUUUUUGGAUAUAGGCCAAUGCUUUGGAACAGUUACUUUAAAAUAUUUACAAUUGUUAUGGUAUUGCAGUGUUCAAACCUCUGGGAGUGUGAAGUAGCAUGUUUGUUUAUGGCCACAGUUCAGCAAACUCUACCACUAACACACUCUUCAGCAUAGCUUUGAACUUGUUUUUUUGAACAGAAGAUAAUCUGCUAGUGGUGUUUUGAAAGCAGUUUGUGUUAAUGCCAUUGAGGCUUUGUGUUCAAAGAAAUAUCCCACUUAACAUGCAGAAGCUCUUGACUCUGCCUACAAUAGCCCCCUGGGUUCUGGGCCAUAUAUCUUUUCUGUCAGUGGCCCUAGCCAUGGAACUUUGCAACCAAAACUAGUGUCAUUGAAAUAAUAUUACUAAGGGGCAAGUGUGUGUAAGACAGUUACUGAUUACAUUUAUUUUCCCUUAGGGAUAAAGAAAUGGAGAAGAGCUUUGAAGUAGUAAAACACAAAACUAGAGGUAGGGAUGAGGUUUCAAAAUCCCAGGCAACUAAACUUCAGCUAGACAACCAAUAUGCUGUGCUUGGGGAUCAGUAAAGCUGUACACACAUUACAAUUAAGGAAUGGUUAUUUGAUACCUUUCCAGUCUAAGGUAACUACACCACCUAUUAUGAACAUGCCGUCUUAUAUCUGCUGGAUCUACUGCAACAAGUGCAGACCUCUUUGACGUAAGUGAUUUGCUCUAUGGAAGUAUGCUUAAUUUGGUACAUCUGACACUUCUUUUGGAUAUGAGGGAAAUUAAUGUAACUGGUCGAACAAGAGUCCCCAGUGUUUUGAUUACUCUGCAAAAGCUAUCGGCAGCCAGUGGUUAUUUCAAAUUUUUUUAUGUUCAGAUACUGAGCCUUCGUAAGGGUUGACUACCUCAGACUUGCUGCACUCAUUGUGGACACCAUGUGGAUCACAACUUCUGGAAAAGGUUACAACUCUUUAGUGGCCAUCUGAAACUCGAAACCAGCUCUACUGGAUUCCUCUCAGAAAUCCUGCAGAAGUCAGCCAUCUGGGUUCUGAUUUAUUCUAAAUGACAAAUUUAAGUGACCUUAAAUGAGCAAUUUGUCCUGUGCCCCCAUUUAUUAUUCCAUCCUUUCAUAUGUAGCCAUAACUUACUAGGAACCUCUAGCAUAUACCACUUUCAAAAAUAUGCAGUGUAGUGUUGAGCUGUUUGUUUGGGUUAUGUUUCAAUUUAGGUUUCCAGAAAAUAAAUAUCCAUCCAGAUAGAAAACUUAGGUAGGGACACUAGUCUGCGUAUAUUAACUGGUUUCAUCUAUGUAAACUCUUUUAUUUUUUUUAAAAAUGCCUUUUUUUUGGCUUGAGAAAUUGCAGCAUAGUCAAGUAGCAGUAUGGAUUAUGCAGACUAUCCAGACAUUAUUUUUUCUUUAUUUUCAAGUGACUAGGAUUUCUGUAGAUUUGCAUUCAAUGGCCAACAAAUGUCUAUGCGCCCUAGUCUGUGGAGCUCAUUUUUGAAAAAUUCAAGCCGUAUACUUAACCUUAACAAUGUAUUAUGGCAAGUAUCAGCUGUUGGUCGCACACACUAUUGUAUUUGCAGGAUGGAAGUAAUUAUAUGUCUAGUGAAAAAUGUCAUUUGUUGUGGUUUCUUACUGGUUGAAACAUGGAAAUAUUCUGGAAAUGUGUUGCACUUAUGACAGUUUUUUGUCUGUUGCCCAAAGAUUAAGUGAAAACUUCAGUCAGAGAUCAGUCUUCUGACCAGCUGUGUGACAUUUGGAGAGAUACUAGUACAAUAACACUUAUAUGCUAAGAUUUGUGCUUUACUGUACAGUAUGACACUGAUCGUGAAUAGAAUUCAAACCAACUCCCAAAGAGAUACCUGGGGUACAGAAGGUAAUCCUCCAUAAAUUUUCUUCUCAACUAAAUCUUGAUGUGGCUGUUGCUGCUACUGUGUCUUUUCAAGAGUCCUGUUGCUUUCUUGACUCUUGAGCAGGAAUUCAGACAUCCUCAGAGCAUACAGCUUUGUGAGAUGGGUAGGUAAAAUACAUUCAUAGGAAACAGCUUUAGUUAUAAACAUGGGGUGACUUUGCAAUUGACGACUGGCUAUGAUGUGAAAUGAUUAAUAUUCUGGGUAACGAACUUUCCCCCUCUGCCUAGAAUUGCAUUGGCUUUGUGAUCAAAGAAUUGCUUGGCAUAAUUGAAAGAAAACGCUACUAAAUAGUUGCCUUUUGUAAAGCUAGGCCACUAGAUGUCCAUAUCACUGAAGUAAAUCUACAGCUGACAACAUUGAGUUGUGUAUCUUCCUCAAAGUGUGUUUCUUCGCCAACAAAACAUUGGCAGGGUAUUAAAGCUAAAGAUUAUGUGUAUAUGUAUGUCACUUAAUGACAUAGCAAAAACUUAAAAUUGCAACUUUGGCAUUUUAUGAAGGUUGUUACUACACAUGAAUCAAGUUUUAAUAUACUGUAUGUUAGGGUAGGAUGAAGCUGUCCUUUGUAUCUUCACUUGAGUUCUUGGGCAUGGUCGACAAAGCAAGAUAACAUUGUAACAUUAAUAAAUAUAAUACAUGGCAAUGUACAUGGCUUCUGGAGUCUAAUGAAUCUGUACAUUUAGUUAUGAUGCUAUGUCAUUUAAACUGAGCACGGCAAAGCUGAUAAAUGAUCAUGAAGUUGAAACUCGAGGCUGCAAUUUUUUAUACAUGACAUGGAAGUAAGUUCCAUUGAACUCAGCGUGGCUUACUUCUGAGUAGAUGUGCACAGAAUUGGGACUUCAAAGCAGCUGUUGCUAAUGAGUGAUCUUCGUUUAGCUUUGUCUGGUUACUGUCUACCUCACCCAUAUACUACUAUUAACAAAAGCCACAAACUAAUGGGAAGUAGCAAGUAAGCUGAUUGCUUGCUAUGGUGAGGAACUAGAAGUGCUGAGGUUUGUAAUCAGGGCCGCUGAUUACAAUCACUAAUUCCAGUUGGACAGCCUUCUGAAGUCCUAGAUCUGGGGUAGCCAUUGGACAUGCUGGCUGGGACUGAUGGGAGCUGGAGCAGCAUCUUGAGGUACCAUGUUGGCUGCCCACUCCUUAGAGUCUGAAGCCUCAAAGAGAAAUAUUUCACAUAGAAGAACUUGAUUCCAUUGGCCCAGUACACAUCUCACAUUCAACUACUGUUAAAAACAAACCCUGGUUUAAUGUGAGUGUACAGCACACUGGUGCACAAUGCUAAAAAAUUAUGAAAAGCUCCACUCCUGCUGCUGGGAAAGCCACAGUCUGGUUUGUUGUGAUGUCACCACCAAGGGUUCUUACCCAUUUCUCUGCAAACAAUGAGCAGUAACAAAGAUUCUUAACUUACUGCUUAGAGUGCAUUUCUGGGGAAACUAACCCCAAUCAUUGGUUCAAGCAUCUUGAAAAGUCAAGGGCCUGGCUUGGUUCCUGGCAGCAGCAGAUAGAAAGCAUAUUCACAAUAAACCAGUUUUAACUAGGGUUUAACAUGACGUGUAAAUCAGGCCAUUGAAGCACUAGGCCCCUGAAUUGUCUCUCUAAGUCACAAAUAUUUUCCAAAACCCAAGAUGCAGCUCAAAGAAACAUGACAUAUAGUUCUUUUCAUACUGUUGAAUCACUUUUAGGACAAAGUGUAGUCCUACUUCCUUGGUAGGCCGAUAUGCAUAGAGGCAGUCUGUGACUAACCUUUAAUGCUGUGUGAAGUUGCUGGAUCCUUAUGUAUGCCUAUUUUACCUACAUGAUGGGAUACAUCCUGUUAUAGAACUGCUUUACAGUUUAUGAUCCAUAGGCUAAAAGGAAAGGAAGAUUAAUUUAGGCAUAUCGAGAUUGGAAGUGAGUAAUGGUUCUUUCUUGACAUCUGUUGCCAGUUCGUUAUUGGUAAACUUUCAUGGUGAAGUUUUAGCUAUUAGCAUGAAGAAUCUGGUCCUGUUUUUUGUUUCUAGCAGCCACACACUAAAUUUCAGAAAUGCCCCAACAGGAACAUUUCUAGUAUAUGUGCUGCCGAAGCGAGCACAAAUAGGAACAUUUCUAUCCCCGAAAUCAAACCUUGUCCCGUGCAAUCCAUUUUCUAUUUGUGUUCCGGUAGCUAUUCUGUGAAUGGACGUAAGACUGACUUUUGGCAGAACGUGCACCAUAUUUGUAAUUGGUCAUAAAAAUAUUUAGUUGUAUUACUGCAUUAUUGACACUUUAUAAUGUUCAUGACAUCAUCUUGUUCAAAGCAGGCGUUAUAGUUGUAACCUAUUCAGUAAAGCACUUGAAAGCCAACUUCAUGCAAAGAAAGGAAUGUGAGGGUCAAAUAAGCCAGGCUUAAAUAAUAUAGGGUUUUAAUCUGGACUUUUGAUAGCAUAACAAGAAAUAUGUGUUGAUGGUAGAGCUUUUUAUUCCAAACAUGGUUGGAUCAUUUUUAAUGCAUCUGUGAUGCAUGGUAAAGAGAUCCUAUGGAGUGGGUGUUCAUUCCAUGGAAGCAUUAGGAGUGCCUGAGAGCCUUUGCAUCACUUUCAGAGGCUUCUGUACAAAUGCUAUAAUGGUGUGGUUGCAAUGCAAGCUUUAUGCAGAUGUGGCUCUAACAGCAGCGCUCACAAACUUUAGGGGGUCAUGAGUGCCCUUGCACUGCUGGUGCAUCUGCUUGAUACCUGUAUAUUUGGAGUCUCAUUUGAAUAGGAGACUAUGUGCAUAUUGCCCUACCUGCAUAGGCCCAAACAGCACAAUUUUUACUCCAAGGACUUGGAGGUAUUGGGUUCUACAUGCAUAGGCUCCCAUUCAGAUAUGAGAUGCAGUAUGUUAGCAUCAGGUGAACAGGGUCAUUCCUGAGCUUCCCACCACCACCUGUCAGGCUGUACUGUUAAAGCCACGUCUGCAUAGACAGUGUCUUCUAUAUACUCUUAAUACUUGACUUCAGUGGGACCUGUAUGUGGAAAAGUUUAGUGAUGAGGCCUUAGACUGCUGUAUCCCUGAUAAUCCAUGUUAUAGCUGAAAGUGUGGACUGCUGCAAGUAAUGUUAGAAGAGUGAAACAAAAUCUGCAUUAUUUUGGAUAAACUGUGCCUAGGCCUAGAUAACUAUAGAGUCAGAACUGAUAGUUUUCAUAAAGCUGUUCUUAAAGCAAGGUAGGCAAAAAUAUAUGCCAUAUUGAGAAGGCUUCUUUGUAUAGUUUUACUAGCUCAAAAGAGCCCACGUAAAGAAAAGUUGAUAGUAAGCAUUAAAUUAAACUUUCCUGGGGAGUAAGGCUAAAAGGUGCAAAAUUUAAAAGAAUUCUAUCCUGGAAAGCAAUAUCCUUAUUUUACAUAAUACCUACAUAAAAGUGCCCAGGAAUUGAUUCACUUCAUCCUUGAUGUAAUCUUGUCCCAAAGCACUGAUGCAGCUACAAAACUGCAUUUUUAUUUAAUGUGUCUGAAACAACACAGAUACUAAAAAGGAACUGCAUAAAAAUACUUGAAUUGCUCAUAGAGGAUUCAGAAAGUUCUGAAGAAUAAAUCAUACCAGCUCUAUGUGCAGGGGUGGGUGGCUUGUAUUUUUCAUGAUCCUCCACAAACUCCCCAUAAGUAGAAAACAAAAAUAUAUAGGGUGUUGCCAGGCCCUAUAUGAAGCUUCAUAUAGAGGAGAAUAUUUGAAAAGUGCACCCUACCUGUAAUAUGAACUUUAGAAUUCUGUCAUUUCUAUUCUGCCAAAUCUGUAGAAUAGUUCUCAGAGGAAAGUAACAAUAGGAAGAAAUACUUUAGGAUGAUGUAUUAUCUCUGCAAAUAUGAACCUCCAGAGCCUUCAAGCUGCCAUUAGGUAAAUGGGGGUUACUAAAAUGAAAGAUUAGUUACUUCUAAAUAUAUAUAAAGUAACUUUAAGAACUAAAAAAAGUUUGACAUUUCUAUUAGAAUAUGAAUUACCAUAAACAUUGCUGGUAUAUUGACCACUCGCUUCGAUUUAAAAUGUUAACAUACUUGCCAAAGGCAAGUCCAUGAAUAUCAAUGAAAAGAAUCUGAUCCCAAACCAUUGCAAGGAUGAAAGCAUAGUCUGCUGCAAGUAUGGCAUAGGAGUGGAUGGAAGUCUUCUUGUGCCUCUGUUUUCUAGGCUGUAAAGAUAAUGCUUCCCUACCUCACAGGGGUGUUGUGAGGCUGACUUCAUUGUAAAAUACUUUUGAGUUUUCCUGAUGGAAGGUGCUAUAGCAGUGCACAACAUAUAACUAAUCGGCCAACAUCUGAUGGCUGAUUCUGUCACCUUAUUCAACUUUUUCAUUACAGUAUUUUGCUACUACUAUAGAAGGCUUCUUUACAAAACAUUAUUUAAAUGUAUGGAUCAUGUAACAAUGGACUUUGCAAGAAGGCAUGGUUGAGUUUUCAAUCUUUAUGCAUCCCCUUUCUGGUUUUAUGUGAUUAACUGUGCAGCUCUAAUUGUAUUAACAAGGUUUUUGGGUUUUGCAUGGAAAUUACUUAAGAUCAAUUAUCAUAUUUUUUUUGUAAACUCCCUGAAUGAAAUAAACUUAUGUUCACACUGUUUGUUAUCCCUCUGGUAUGAUCUACUGUUUUUAAGUGUAUGUUUAAAGCCAGGAUGGGGGAACCUGUGGCCCCCGACAUGUUUCUGGGGCACACUCCUACCACCCCUUGAUGGUUGAUCAUUCUAGUGUUUAUGAGAAUUAGAAUCCCAACAACAUUGGGGGUGAGGUCACAGGUCCCCCAUCUCUGGUUUAAAAUAAGGAACUGUCCAUUGUUAACAUGUGUCUUAACACCCCCUGGUCAUACUAACUGCAUAGAGACUUGUGAACAAUGAGACACUAUUUUCCUUUAAGAACGUAAGAGCCCUGUUCAUCAGGCCAAAGAUCCAUCUAAUGCAGUAUCUUGUUCUCACAGUGGCUAGCUGGUCCAUGGGGUGGGGGGAGUCCCUCCAACAACAGUCCAAUUAGGAUAAAUGGCAUGGAAUGUUGAGAGGAGCUGCUUGGCAGAAUGAAUCUGGAUAAUUGCAUAGGAAGGAGGGAGAGUGGCUUACAGAUCUUAAAUUUUGUAGAAAGAACCUCAAAGUAUGAACAGGUCAUUUCCUCUCCAGCGGAAUAGCAAAAAAGGGAGUUAGGGGGAAAAUGUCCCUGGUGACAGAAGUGAGUGCUGCCAAAAGAAAUCAAUGGAAAAUGAAUAUAUUAAGGGGUGAAAGCUGAUUUCACUCCCAAUAAACCCAAGAUGACUGAGCACAAUUAAGGAAGGGGUGGUGGUGGAAUGGAGCAGCUGAAAUCCUGAACAGAUGCAUUCUACCCAGCAACAUUUGGAAAGUGGGAUACAAUACACUAUUUCCUCCCCUCAAAACUAGCUGUGAGUAGCAAACAGUUCCCAGGGCACACCUUUAGCCCUGCUCUCAUUGUCAAAUGGCUCCUGGCUUCCUAUCUGUUUACUGCAAUCAGCAAUGAGAUACCUACACGGGCAGCUUAAAAGUACAGCAGUUUUGCUGCUGUUGAUUAUUGCCCUUAGCCCAUGGGAAGCGAGAAGAACACAAGAAUCAGGAAACGUUUAAUGUCUGUUUUAGAAUUUUUUAUAUAUGUGCUGUAAGCGGCCCAGAGUGGCUGGGGAAACCCAGCCAGAUGGGUGGGGUAUAAAUAAUAAAAUUACUAUUAUUAUGAUGGCAGGGGCUAAAGGCAUGGUCCAGCAGUCUCUUGUUGCCUCAAAAUGCAAAUAAUGACUGAAUAGGGCAGGGGCUAAGAAAAGUUCUGCACUGAGAGUAAAUGCCCUCCUAUGCUUCUUAUUAAACAUACUGCAUUUCAUUCAAUAUACUGAAAUGCCUGGCUUCUAGAAUUUAUUAGGAAUGAUGUACAUUCCAGAACUGAGGGAGCUCCUACAGGUAGAAGAUUCUGAAAGUCCAGUCUCCAGAAAUGGAGGAAUCUUCCAUCACUGACCUCCAGCUGAGCAGAACUAACCUUCACAGUCCAACAUCCUUUAUUCUAGAAGUAAAUGUAAAAGCAGCCGAAAAGGGACGAAAAUAUGCUAUGGAGAAGCAUGACUGGGCUCCACACAAAGGGACAUAAAUCUACUAAGAAAAUAAAAGAAAGAAUAAAUUUAAAAUAUUCAAACAACCCACUUUACCCUGGCAGCAAAAAUCAGUGGAGUCUAGUUUCUGAGCGAGCAAAUUUCAUUUU